UUAUAUCUGACAUUGUUCAGCAUCAAAGGGGCACCUCCAAUUUGGAGAUUCAAAUUGUAAUGCUGCAUUUCUGUUCCACUAUGUUAAUAGUAUAUAAAUUUUACUUGAGAAGGAAACUACUACACUCACCUUGUCUACCAAGUCUUCCACCAAGAUCUUUGGCUGAGUAUCAAUGCCCUUUGAAGGUGAGCAUUGCUGCAAGCCUAAAGUCAAUCCAACUUGUUUUGGUGAAACCAGCUUUGGUGGAAAAUACAGACAAAUGCCAUUUCCUGGGAAGCAGAGACCCAUCGUCUGACGCUGUUAGCGGCGGAUUUUGCAUAUGACUUCCAGAAUAAAGCCACCUGUGUUGGGGACAGGCGAGAUGGGGUAUCUGGAAUCACAUACCCUAACCCGUGUAAAAAGGACAUCAGUAACUUCAAUAAAAUAAUAAACAGGGUCCCCAUCUGUCGUCUGAAUGCAGAUUAAUCCACAGCACUAUUUCUGAGAAUUUUGGCCAAUAUUUAUAGAAUCCCACAGCACUGAAGCAGGCCUUUCAGCUAAGCGGCCCGUGCCAACCAAGUGCCUAUUAUCUAAGCAAAUCCCCUUUUCCCUUUUUCCCGCAUACAGCUCAUAUUCCUCAAUCUUUCCUAUCAAGUACCUUUUAAAUAUUGUUAAUGUAUCUGUCUCAGUCACCUCCUCUGUUAAUUGAUUCCAUGUACUGAACCCCCUCUGAGUGAAAAUCCUGCCUCUCAAGUUCCUAUUAAAUAUCUGUCCCUUCACUUUAAACCUGUGCCUUCUAGUCCCUCAUACCCCAACCCUAACCAUUCACCCCAUCAAAGCUCCUCAUGAUCUUCUUUAAAAGGUCACUGCUCAGUCUGCUACAGUCCCAAGGAAGAAGUUCCAACCUGCUCAACAUCUCUCUUACCACUCAGACCCUUGAUUGUUCCAGCAACAUCCUCAAAUCUCCUCUCACUCUUACCAGUUCAUUGGCAUCUUUCCUAUAGCUGGGUGACCAAAACUGAACACAAUGAUCCAAAUGCAGCCUCACCAAUAUCUUGUCCAACUGCAACACAACAACCCAACUUCUAUACUUGUACAACUCCUCUGGGUGAAGGAGGCCAGGGUGUCAACACCAUUCUUCACCACCCUUUCUAUCUGCAAUCCUGCCUUCAGAAACCAUUUACUUGCACUUCUAAGUCCCUCUGUUCUUCAACACUAAUAUGGACAAUCCCCAAAACCUCCCCAUUAAUCUCAAGGACUAAAGUCUUCAUGUCUUUCUCCACAGUAAAAAUACAAAAAUACUCAUUGAGGGCCUCACCGACUCCUAAAAAUUUUUCAAUGAGAAGAGGCACAGAAAGAAUGGAUAGCCAGCAUCUGCUUCCUAGGCUGGAAAUGGUGAAUAUGAGAGAACAUAAUUUUAAGGUGAUUGGAAGAAAGUAUAGAGGGAUGUCACAGGAUGUUUUUAGUUUUACACAACUGGUAGGUGCUUGGAACAUGCUGCCAGGAGUGGUGUUAGUGGCAGAUACAUUAGAGACAGUUAAGAAACUCAGAUAAGCACAUGGAUGAAAGAAAAAUGGAUGGCUAUGGAUAGAUUAUAAGGUUGGCAAAAUAUUGUGGGCUAAUAUGUUCUAUAUGGAUAGUCUAGGGAAAGUGGGUUUCUUUGCUGAACUUAGCUGUCUACGAGGUUCAUAACAAUAGCUUUGGGACAGGUUACUGUUCAGAGACAGGGAUGAGCGAGAGUUAGAGAGAAGAGCUAGGGGCAGGUGCCAGUGCAGAAGGCCAGCAAAUCCUGUGGACAGAUGUCAGGUCGGCAGGCACUAAGGGUGAAGACCAUCAAUUCCAGUGGUCAAUGACCGAGGUUGGCAUGCCCCAUAGAUGAGGGCUGGUUACUCCCUUAUUGGAGGUCGUGUGGUCAGGAGGCAUGAGCACUAGUGCCCCUCACUCCCCCCCAGGUUACAGAGUCCCAGGACUGGAAGCCCAUGAGAAUCCUAGUUUGUGGGCUGGAUUUCCAAGCCUUAUGGUCAGUGAUUCUUGGGGUCAAACCAAAGGUUGAAGACUGAAGUUGGCGAGUUCAAAAGUUUAGGCCUGGUGGUCAAAGCCACCUGGGCUUGUGUUCUGUUGAACAUGGUGGGUAAGUUAUGUACAUUGGCACCAUAAUGUGUGAUGACACUUGUGGGCUACCCCUAGCACAUACUUUGGUUGUGUUGAUUGUUAACUCAAUAUGUUUCAAAGUACAUGUGAUAAAGCAUCUGAAUCUGAUGAGGUGAUUUGAUGGAUAUUUUCCAAAUCAAGAAAUGAAAAGUGCAAAGCGCUUUCUAUUGGUAGGUUAGAGUGAUGAAUUUCAUAAUCACAGAAGGUGGCAUACACUGGAAUUCACCACCCAGCAACAUCAUUAGAUGCAAAUUUAAUUGUUAUUUCUGAAAAAGGAAGAUACAUUGAUAGAUAGAAAACCACAGGAGCACAGGGAAAGAAAUAGGGAAUAGGACUCCCCCCACUGUCAACCUUAUCCCUGUCUCUUGUAACUUAAUAUACCUUUAUCAAGACCCCUUAAGCCUCUGACACUCCAUAAGACAUAGGAACAGAAUGAGGCCAUUCGGCCUUUGAGUCUGCUCCACCAUUCCAUCAUUUAUUAUCCCUCUCAACCUCAUUCUCCAGCUUUCUCCCCGUAACCUCUGACGCCCUGACUAAUCAAGAACCUAUCAACCUCUUCUUUAAAUAUACUCAAUGACGCGGCCUCCAAAGUCAUCUGUGACAAUAAGUUUCACCGAUUCACCUAAAGAAAAUGGCUACAGAAAUUCCUCAUCCCUGCUCUAAAUGGAUGUUCCUCUAUUCUGAAGCUGUAUUCUCUGGUCCUAAACUACCCCACUAAGGAAACAACCCAACCUCUCCACAUGUACUCUUUCUAGUCCUUUCAACAUUUGAUAGCUGUCAAUAAGAUUCCCUUCACUCUUCUAAAUUCCAGCAAGUACAGGCCCAGAGCCAAACACUCCUCCUACAUUAACCCUUUAGUUCCCACAACCAAUCCAGUUUCCAGAGAAAACAAUCAAAGAUUGUCCAAUCUUCCCUUAUAAAUCUGCCUUCCUAUGAAUACUAUAUAUACUAUGAAUCCUUUCUCUUGUUCAACAGAAUGUAGUGUAAACUUUGUGAAUAUGUUGCUUAAAAAUGUUGCUUCAGUGUUAAUAGCAACAUUGCAAGUUGUGAGGCAUCAGCAAAACUCUCUGCCACUGAAUUCCCAGACUGGCCAUUCACAGGCUCAGGUUACUGUGAGUGCCAUGCAACUGGUAAGAGAGAUGCCUUUGUGACUUCCACCACAUGGUCACCACAAGCUGGAAGAGUGUCUCCACCCUGGACAAUAACACAAAUCACCUGUUGGCUGCUUUAAUCUAAAGACUAGAAUUUAGCCAAAUCAGAGAAAACCACAGUAGCUGGAGGAAUGGUGCACAAGCCAGCAGUGAUGAUGGAGAAAGAGCUACUUCAUUUUGAUCAGAUCACAAAGAUCAUCUAGCCCAGACUCAGAAGACUGCUUUGGUUCUGUGUUACUGAUCUACACAACACAUAUACCAUCUAUAAGACAACAAGACACAGGUGCAGAAAGAGGCCAUUCAACCUGCUCGGCCAUGCCAUCAUGGUUGAUUUAUUAUCCAUCUCAAUCCCAUUUUCCUGCCUUCCCAUAAUCUUUGAUGCCCUUACUAAUCAACAGCCUAUCAACCUCUGCUUUAAAUAUACAGCCAUCUGCAGCAAAGAAUUCCAAAGAUUCACCAUCCUCUGGCUAAAGGAAUUAUUCAUCUCUUCGAGAAGGACAUGCUUCUAUUCUGAAGUUGUGUCCUCUGGUCUUAGGCUUACUCACUAUUGGAAAUAUCCAUGACCCAACAUUCAAACACAAAGCCUAGCUGCUUAAAUCUUAACAUUUAGAAUGGCCUUAUUUAUUUUCCCGUGGCAGGUACCUACAACAACUUUAGAACAGUAAAAUGGAAAAUAAAUCUGUUGCAGGCAGAAUAAAAACAAAAUCAGAGCUUAGAAUUAAAGGGAAAGGGAAAAGGCAGUUACAAACAAACUAUACUGAUAUUCAAUAAUUCUCCAGCAUCUGGCAAAAGGCUUUUUCAUCCAGUUGCUAGAAAUACACAGGGAUUCCACUAAUUCACCCUGAAACCAAACACUGUUCAAACUAGAUAAAGAUACUACACUUCCUCUAAUCCCUGAUGUAAACAACUCGUAGAUCAGCUUCUGAAACACGCAUUUGAUUUGACUUUUUUCUUGAAUAUAAAUGGUCCAACUGAGGCAUAUAAACAUAUAGUGAAGCCUGAUUACCCAAGGAUUGCUCUGUUCACAAAAAAAUUGGCUGUAGUGCAAAGAUUUAAAUCUGAAUUACAAGCAUCUUGCUAUUGUUAACAGGUCACCUAAAAGCAGUAGUGGAUAAAGUAGCAUCAUUUAUGUGAUACCUCAAUACUAUACACUAUCCUCGGUUUCUCUGAAGUUGAAUUGAAUUGACUUUAAUACUUACAUUCUUCAUAAACAUGAGGAGUAAAAAUCAUUACGUUACGCCUCUGUCUAAACGUGCAAUUUGUUGUACUUUAUAAUAAAUAGUAUGUUCAACAAGACAGUCAGUAUAACAUAAAAUUACAGUUGAGUCAGCAUGAAUUAAUCAGUCUGAUGACCUGGUGGAAGAAGCUGUCCCAGAGCCUGUUGGCCCUGGUUUUUAUGCUGCGAUACCAUUUCGUGGAUGGUAGUAUCUGGAACAGUUUGUGGUUGGGGUGACUUGAGUCCCCAGUGAUCCUACGGGCCCUUUUCACACACCUGUCUCCGUAAAUGUCCUGAAUAGUGGGAGGUUCACAUUUACAGAUGCGCUGGGCUGUCCACACAGAGUCCUGAUGAUCUAGGGAAGUACAGUUCCCAUACCAGGCAGUGAUGCAGCUAGUCAGGAUGCUCUCAAUUGUGCCCCUGUAGAAAGUUCUUAGGAUUUCGGGGCCUAUACUAAACUUCUUCAACCGUCUGAGGUGAAAGAGGCACUGUUGUGCCUUUUUAGUAAAUGCAACUUUGCUGGAUCAAAUAACGACAGCACAAAAAGAUCGUUACUUAUCUUUUCACUCGUUUAUUUCUUCGAGCUCAGCCAGCGAGUGAACUUAGACCUGACAUCAGGGAGAGACCCUUUCUCAUCUCCCCAGCGGUUCUACAAGUUCAUUGCCCGAUGUCAGAAUUGCCAGUGUGACGACAAACCAAGUUAUCAGACGAUUGAUGCUAAUGAGAGAGAUAAGGGAGACAAUGGAGAAACGUUCAAAAUGUUAAUGAGAGAGGAGUAAGAGAACGGAAAAGAAACACAAUUCAGAGUAUUGACAGACCGGUUGCUUUGAACCUGAACUGUUUGAAGUUCGAUGGACAGGCGAUACCCCAGCAGGGGGAUAAAAAGAACAGGUUCGCUAAGGCACGGGACACACCACGAGAUCACGAGACCCUGGAAGAGUGGUGUGCCCCCACAAAUUGGUAUAGAGUUUGGAGGUCCGGUUUGUGGGAACCGACCAUAGAAGCACAGGGUGCAAAGGUACGAUCGGUGGGAACCUGGUGUGUGUGUGUCCGCCCUUGCCUGGGUGCCGGGUUCACCGCGGAAGAACAGUCAUAUCCGGAACGGAGAGGUCACAGUCGGUCACCACAGCGGGAUAGAAGACAUAAAAGGGUCCACCCGAAACCAACUGCGAAGAACGAAGGUCUGCCUGAAUCAAAUUUGCCUCUCUCUCUCGCUGACGGUACAACAGCGAUUACUGCGAACUGUACUAAGCUGAACUGAUCUCCGCGUCACUUAAGACUGAUCAUUUUACCCCUAGACUGCGAUAGAACUUGGUUGAUUCCUAUUACCCUAGUUCUGUGUACGUGGGUGUUUUAUCAUUGCUAAACUUUUGCAUUUAUAUCCUUAUAAUUAGAGUACUGUAUUACUUACUUCUUUAAUAAAACUUCAUUAGUUCCCAGUAAUCCAGACUCCAACGCGUGGUCCAUUUCUGCUGGUUUGGCAACCCAGUUACAGGGUACGUAACAUAAGUGGGGAUCUCGUCCGGGAUUUUGAACGCCAAAUUUGGGGACUGGGUAAAUUGAUUGGGUAAAAAUUCCCGAAAGAAAGAAAGGGCAAACAGCAGAAAUGGAGAUUGAGGAAUUUCUAAAGGCGCCAACCUUGGAGGCAUUAGAGGAUGCCAGGAAAUCAGAAUUGGCAACUGUUGCCAAACGGUUGAAUCUUUUUAAGGGGAAGUCGACAAUGAGGAGAGCGGAGCUGCACAGAGCUAUCGUAGAGCAUUAUGUAUCUAAAGGUGUGUUUCCCCAAGGGGAGCUGGAGGUGGUAUCUAUGGGCAAACCUGGUGGAGAGGCAGUACAGCUGCAGAUGGAAAAAUUGAGACUUGAGUACGAGUUCCGGGUAAAACAGUUGGAACGAGAAGAGAGAGACAGGCAGUUAGAACGGCAAGCGAGAGAGAAACAGAAGAACAGGGAAUUUGAGCUGGAGAAGUUAAGGAUGACGCUAGCGCAGGGCCCCAUGCCGAACCAAGAUGGAGGGUUCAGGGCGACCCAGGAGGUUAGGCUGGUUCCCCCAUUUGAGGAGGCCAAUGUUGAUCGGUACUUUCUACAUUUGAAAAAGUCGCUGCAAGUCAGGACUGGCCGAGGGAUAAGUGGGCUGUUUUGCUUCAGAGCGUACUUAAAGGGAAGGCUCAGCAAGCUUACUCCGCAUUGUACGCAGAAGAUGCCCAGAGGUAUGAUGUGGUGAAAGAUGCGAUACUCAGGAUCUAUGAGUUGGUCCCGGAGGCAUACCGGCAGAGGUUCCGGAAUGUGAGGAAGCAAUGGGGCCGCACGUAUUUAGAGUUUGCCCGUGAGAUGCAGAUGUAUUGUGAGCAUUGGUGCGCCUCAAAAGGGGUCAAUGGGGAUUAUGACAGACUGCUACAGCUAAUACUGAUUGAGCAGUUUAAAGGUUGUGUCCCUGAAGGUAUGAGGCCCUAUCUAGAUGAGAGAAAGAGGCAGAACCUUAGCCGCAACUGCUAAGUUAGCGGAUGAGUACGUGUUGACACACAAAGUGAAGUUUAACCCGAGUAAAAGCUACCAGAAGGGUAGUCAAGAGGGCGGAGAGAGUCCGCCAGAAAAGCCAGAAAGUAAGCCGGGGACUAGUGAAAAGGAUAAGGAAGACUGGGAGCAGUUUGGUAGGAAGUCUUCUGGGGUCGUAUGCCAUAAUUGUGGGAAAGCCGGUCACUUUGUGUCCAGGUGCUUUGCCCCAAAGAAGGAGACGGGGAAAGGAAAAACGACGAUUCCGACUGGCUGUAUUGAGCUGGCAAACAAACCGCUAGGGGAGAAGAGGUCUGAUAAAGUUCAGGAAGGGCGCGAGAAGUUUAUUUCGGCCGGAUUGGUGUCGGUGAAGGAGGGGUUAAACCCGGUCCCAGUACGGAUCUGGAGAGACAGUGGGGCUUGUCAGUCAUUGAUCUUAAAGAGUGUGUUAGACUUUAGUUCAGAGACCCAGACUGGGGAAGUCAGGGUGAUAAAAGGCAUUGGGAAAGGGACUGAAGCAGUACCUUUGCACCAGAUACACCUAAAAAGCGACUUGGUCUCUGGAUCGGUCACGAUAGGGGUGAGGUCCGAAUUACCGAUGGAUGACGUGGAGGUCUUACUCGGUAAUGACCUCGCCGGCAGAAAUGUGUACUCAGCAGUAAAACUGACAAGCCAGCCUGCCAGCAUUGAGGCCCCGCCCAUGGACUCACAGGUUUAUCCCAUUUGCGCAGUGACUUGGCGCAUGUCCAGAAAGGCUGCCGAAGCGAAUGUAGAUUUAGCUGAGACGUUUUUACCAGCCUUGUACCAAGAGGGGUUAGAAAGUGAGAAGAAGGAGCAUAGUGAAGCGGAAGGAAGUGAGGGAGUUGAGGUAGACGUAUCAUUAGCAAGGAAGGAAUUUAUACAGGUACAGGAACGAGACAAGGAGCUAAUGGUUUUGACGGAGACAGCUCUCUCCGAAGCAGAAUUAAAAAGGGAGCCAGUGGGCUAUUAUGUGAAGGAGGGAGUACUAAUGAGGAAAUGGAGACCAAAGUACCGCGCUCGCAGAUGAGGAAUGGGUGGUGGUGCACCAGGUGGUACUGCCGAAAAUUUAUAGGGACGAGAUUUUUAACCUGGCCCACAAGAUACCCCUCGGUGGACAUUUUGGGGCGAGGAAAACAGUCGAUAGAAUCAUGAAAAGAGUUUUACUGGCCGCACAUGAGGAAGGAUGCUAUUGACUAUUAUAGACAUGAGCUAACACAGUUAGAGUCUAUUGAUAUGUUAACAGCUUGCCACGAUAAGCGAGCAGACCUAGUCGGUGUUAUCACGAAAAUUAAUGAGGCUAGGGUGCCACCAGAUAAAGGGAAAACCCAUUUUGAAAAGAUAAGUAUGGUGCCAACCAGAUGGGAGAACUCAAUUGUUUUGGACAACUUUGCUGAUAAGGUCUCUCCCUUAACCCCCGAACAGAGCGAGCCACUGAGAAAGCUAAUUAACCGUCACGCAGACGUAUGUCCGGAUGUCCCGAGGCGAUGCAAAGAGCCGGUACCUGGUGUUGUCACAUCAGGUCAGCCUAGUGAGCAACACCCCUAUAGGAUGAUUAAUUCAGCGACAAAAGGGCUAAAGAACGCAGAAGCGUAUAUUGACGAUUUACUGGUCUGGAGUGACACAUGGGAGGAGCACAUUGUGGUAGUAGAGGAGCUGUUUAAGAGGCUGUCGGAAGCCAACCUGACAGUGAACCUCACAAAAAGUAAAUUUGGCCACGGGAAGGUCACUUAUCUGGGAUUUGUGGUAGGACAGGGCAGCUGGCACCAAUGCAGGCUAAGGCGCAGGCUAUCUCUGAAGUCCCCACCCCGACAGACAAGACAGCCCUGAGAAGGUUCUUGGGGAUGGUGGGGUACGAUCAGAAGUUUUACAAAAACUUUGCGGAUAUUACCCUCCCUCUUACUAAGCUUUUGCCAAAGAAUGCAAAGUUUGUGUGGGACGACCUUUGUUAUAUUUGUCCAGCACGGAAACCACUGAUAAUUUACACUGAUCACAACCCAUUAGUGUUUUUGGCCACUAUGAGGGAUAAAAACAAAAGGUUGCUAAGUUGGAGCCUGGUCUUACGGGAAUUUGAUAUUAAAAUAACACAUAUAAAAGGAACGGACAAUGUAAUUGCUGACUGUCUGUCAAGGUGUUGAAAACUUAAAGUUCUCUGUAUUAGCCAAAUAGCUGAUGACCCUGUAUAUUAGUGUGUAUCUAAUAAUGUAUUCAUGCCCAUAAUUUUUAUCCCGGUAAAAAUCCUUUGAAGGGUAGGGGUGUGACGACAAACCAAGUUAUCAGACGAUUGAUGCUAAUGAGAGAAAUAAGGGAGACAAUGGAGAAACGUUCAAAAUGUUAAUGAGAGAGGAGAAAGAGAUAACGGAAAAGAAACACAAUUCAGAGUAUUAACAGACCAGUUGCUUUGAACCUGAACUGUUUGAAGUUUGAUGGACAGGCGAUACCCCAGCAGGGGGAUAAAAAGAACAGGUUCACUAAGGCACGGGACACACCACGAGAUCACGAGAUAACGAGACCCUGGAAGAGCAGUGUGCCCCCACAAGUUGGUAUAGAGUUUGGAGGUCCGGUUUGUGGGAACCGACCAUAGACGCACAGGGUGCAAAGGUACGAUCGGUGGGAACCUGGUGUGUGUGUCCGCCCUUGCCUGGGUGCUGGGUUCACCGCGGAAGAACAGUCGUAUCCGGAACGGAGGGGUCACAGUCGGUCACCACAGCAGGAUAGAAGACAUAAAAGGGUCCACCCGAAACCAACUGCGAAGAACAUCAAAGGUCUGCCUGAAUCAAAUUUGCCUCUCUCUCUCCAACAGCACAACAGCGAUUACUGCGAACUGACUAAGCUGAACUGAACUCUGCGUCACUUAAGACUGAUCAUUUUACCCCUAGACUGCGAUAGAGCUUGGUUGAUUCCUAUUACCCUAGUUCUGUAUACAUGUGUGUUUUAUCAUUGCUAACCUGUUGCAUUUAUAUCCUUACGUUUAGAGUACUGUGUUAUUUAUUUCUUUAAUAAAACUUUAUUAGUUCCCAGUAAUCCAGACUCCAACGCGUGGUCCAUUUCUGCUGGUUUGGCAACCCAGGUACGGGGUACGUAACACCAGAAGUUAUAAGGCCACUGAUACACAAGAACAAUCAGUUUGAUAACCAUUCCGGUCAAGUCAAUGGACUACUGAAACAGAAGUACAAUCAAUUUGUUAGACACUCCAGCCAUCUAAAUUAAAGAAAAGAAUGUACUACCUGGUUUGCUGGAGCCACAAUUUAAUUACAAAGAUAAGAACAUCCAUCAAAUUUAUGCUUUAAUUAAGAAAGCAAUGUUCUGUCUAAUUUCCAUCAGGAAAUGCUUUUUGUCAAAAUCAAAAGGUGUGAAAAGCCCAGAGACAUCUAUGUGGAUCUGGGCAAACUUUAACCCUUAUUUUGCUCCAAAGAAGGCAGCUGUGAGACAUUAUUCAAACACACUGCAGUCACAGACAUAUUCAGUACUUAAUUCGUUGUUUACAGGGAUCUGAGAAUCCCCCAUUCCUUUAAACUUAAUCAUUUUCACCACACAGCUAGUAUGUACAGACCACGUGAGAUCCUCAGUGAUGUGUAUGCCAAGGAACUUGAAGCUAAUAUUUCAUUCUACCCCUGCAUUAGCUUUUGUCCCAGAGGCUCACAAAUUCAGACAUAAAUUUAUAGAACUAUUCAACAAUGCAUCCAAACUUUCUCAAUAUCAGAAUCCACCUUCUGCACCAUCUCCAUAACAAUGAACACAUUUCUAUUUAAUACCCAUCCUUACUUUUUACUUCCAUUCCUGGUUAAUACAUUUUCUUUUCACUAAAUAAAGUCUCCAGCACACUUUCUGAGAUGUGAAGGGCAUUGUAAUUAUCCACAGUUUCUCCAGUUCCACGUCUGACCAACAUCAGACGGAAAGUUGUGCUGGAUAGGUAGAUAAAUAGAAAUAGCUUGGGCCAGGAUUAACUCUUCUCAUUCAAAACCAGGACAACACUGAAGGAAUUUUCUCUCCUGUUCUUUAGAUACCGAUAGCAUUGACUAAAUAUGGUGCCACAAAAAUACUAUCAGAUUCCAGUAAAAAAUCCUCUUACAGUUAUGUUGACAGAAUACAUACUUGCAGUGAGACCAGUGGUCACCAUUUUGUCCUGGACCAUAUAACCAAGUGCACAUUUCAGUUUAGAAAAUAAAAGUUCAAAAUAUGACAGAAAGCUGUCAAUAAUCACCAGAUUUUAAUAUCACUUCACAGGAGGUCCUCAGACU